GCGCUCACGUGACCCUGGCUCAUGGCGGCGGCGGCGGCGGCAGCGGCAGCGCCGGCGGCUCUCGGCGGCUGGAGCCGGAUCCUGUAGCCGGGGUGUGGGCCCGCGUCAGUCCGUCCCUCCUUCGGCCCCCUCUCGUCUUCCGGAGUGUGGCUGGCCGAGCCGCGAUGGCGGAGCGAGGCCUGGAGCCGUCGCCGGCCGCGGUGGCCGCGCUGCCCCCCGAGGUGCGGGCGCAGCUGGCGGAGCUGGAGCUGGAGCUGUCCGAGGGGGACAUCACCCAGAAAGGAUAUGAAAAGAAGAGGGCCAAACUCCUGUCUCCAUACAGCCCACAGACCCAAGAAACUGAUUCAACAGGACAGAAAGACAGAAGCCAGACUCCUGCUCCCACUGCAGCUCAGACUUCCGCUCCUUCCAAGUACCAUCGAACUCGAUCUGGAGGGGCCAGAGAUGAGCGCUACCGAUCAGAUAUCCACACAGAAGCGGUUCAGGCUGCCCUGGCAAAGCAUAAAGAACAGAAGAUGGCUUUGCCCAUGCCCACCAAAAGACGGUCCACGUUUGUCCAGUCUCCUGUGGAUGCUUGCACUCCUCCUGACACGUCUUCGGCCUCUGAGGAUGAGGGCUCUCUGAGACGCCAGGCUGCGCUCUCUGCUGCCUUGCAACAAAGCUUGCAGAAUGCCGAGUCCUGGAUCAACCGCUCAAUUCAGGGAUCGUCCACCUCUUCAUCUGCAUCUUCUACGCUGUCCCACGGAGAGGUCAAAGGAACCAGUGGGUCUCUAGCUGAUGUAUUUGCCAAUGCCCGAAUAGAGAAUGUCUCAGCUCCUCCUGAUGUCACUGCAACUACCUCCUCCUCCUCCUCACUUCGCCCAGCAAACAUUGACCUGCCCCCUGCCGGCAUAGUUAAAGGCAUGCACAAAGGAUCCAACAGGUCCAGCCUUAUGGACACAGCAGAUGGUGUUCCUGUCAAUAGCAGAGUAUCCACAAAAAUCCAGCAGCUUCUCAGCACUCUGAAACGACCCAAAAGGCCCCCCUUAAAGGAGUUUUUUGUGGACGACUCAGAAGAAAUUGUGGAAGUACCUCAGCCAGAUCCCAACCAGCCAAAGCCUGAGGGCCGACAGAUGACGCCAGUGAAGGGUGAGCCCCUCGGAGUCAUCUGUAACUGGCCCCCUGCACUGGAAUCCGCCCUGCAGCGCUGGGGCUCUACCCAAGCCAAGUGCCCCUGCCUGACCGGGCUGGACGUGUCCGGGAAACCAGUCUAUACCCUCACAUAUGGAAAGUUGUGGAGCAGAAGUUUAAAGUUGGCCUACACACUGCUUAAUAAACUGGGGACCAAAAAUGAACCUGUGUUAAAACCUGGAGACAGGGUUGCCUUGGUUUACCCCAACAAUGAUCCAGUAAUGUUUAUGGUGGCUUUUUAUGGAUGUCUCCUGGCAGAAGUGAUUCCAGUACCCAUAGAAGUACCAUUGACCAGAAAGGAUGCCGGAGGUCAACAGAUUGGCUUCUUGCUGGGGAGCUGUGGGAUUGCCUUAGCUCUCACCAGUGAAAUUUGUCUGAAGGGCCUGCCAAAAACUCAGAAUGGAGAAAUUGUACAGUUUAAAGGUUGGCCUCGGCUCAAGUGGGUUGUAACAGAUUCCAAGUACCUUUCCAAGCCUCCCAAAGACUGGCAGCCCAACAUCGCCCCCGCUGGUACAGAACCAGCGUACAUUGAGUACAAAACAAGCAAAGAAGGGAGUGUGAUGGGAGUUACAGUGUCCCGGAUUGCAAUGCUGUCUCACUGCCAAGCUCUGUCACAGGCCUGCAAUUAUUCUGAAGGAGAGGCCGUGGUAAAUGUUUUAGACUUCAAGAAGGAUGCUGGGCUGUGGCAUGGCAUGUUUGCGAACGUAAUGAAUAAGAUGCAUACAAUUAGUGUACCCUACUCUGUUAUGAAGACCUGUCCUCUCUCUUGGGUUCAAAGAGUCCAUGCCCACAAAGCCAAAGUAGCUCUUGUGAAGUGUCGGGACCUACACUGGGCCAUGAUGGCCCAUCGGGACCAGAGGGACGUGAGCCUGAGCUCUCUCCGGAUGCUGAUUGUCACCGAUGGCGCCAAUCCCUGGUCUGUGUCAUCCUGUGAUGCUUUCCUGAGUCUGUUCCAAAGCCACGGACUGAGACCUGAGGCCAUCUGCCCAUGUGCCACCUCUGCUGAGGCCAUGACUGUAGCUAUCCGCAGGCCUGGAGUUCCGGGGGCUCCCUUACCAGGAAGAGCCAUUCUCUCAAUGAAUGGAUUGAGCUAUGGGGUCAUACGGGUCAAUACUGAAGAUAAAAAUUCAGCACUGACAGUCCAGGAUGUGGGACAUGUGAUGCCUGGGGGCAUGAUGUGCAUUGUGAAGCCAGAUGGACUUCCUCAGCUCUGCAAGACAGAUGAAAUUGGAGAGAUUUGUGUCAGCUCCAGGACUGGAGGAAUGAUGUACUUUGGACUUGCUGGUGUGACCAAAAAUACAUUUGAGGUUAUUCCAGUGGCCUCUUCAGGCUCUCCUGUGGGAGACGUACCCUUCAUCCGGUCAGGGCUGCUGGGUUUUGUAGGGCCGGGUAGUUUGGUGUUCGUGGUUGGAAAAAUGGAUGGAUUACUCAUGGUUAGUGGUCGGAGGCAUAACGCUGAUGACAUUGUCGCCACCGGCCUGGCUGUGGAGUCCAUCAAGACUGUCUAUCGAGGAAGAAUUGCUGUGUUUUCUGUGUCUGUGUUUUAUGACGAGCGCAUUGUCGUGGUAGCAGAACAAAGGCCCGAUGCCUCCGAGGAAGACAGCUUCCAGUGGAUGAGCCGCGUGCUGCAGGCGAUCGACAGCAUCCAUCAAGUCGGCGUUUACUGCCUUGCUCUGGUGCCUGCUAACACCUUACCGAAGACCCCACUAGGAGGGAUCCACAUAUCUCAGACGAAACAGCUCUUCCUGGAGGGAUCUCUGCACCCGUGUAAUAUCCUCAUGUGCCCACAUACGUGUGUGACGAACUUGCCCAAACCCCGACAAAAGCAACCAGGUCCCUACCGGCAGCUUGUGCUAUGCGUUUGCCGGCAACCAGAUUCCCGACCAUCACAGAGGCAGGGCCUACACCUCCCUAAAAAGAGCGCCUACAGUCAUCAGGUCUGCAAAAACCCUGUCACCUAUCAGGAUGUGGACCGAGAUCACCAGAAACACAGUAACUAUCAUCAGGUCUGCAAAAACCCUGUCACCUAUCAGGAUGUGGACCGAGAUCACCAGAAAUACAGUAACUAUCAUCAGGUCUGCAAAAACCCUGUCACCUAUCAGGAUGUGGACCGAGAUCACCAGAAAUACAGUAACUAUCAUCAGGUCUGCAAAAACCCUGUCACCUAUCAGGAUGUGGACCGAGAUCACCAGAAAUACAGUAACUAUCAUCAGGUCUGCAAAAACCCUGUCACCUAUCAGGAUGUGGACCGAGAUCACCAGAAAUACAGUAACUAUCAUCAGGUCUGCAAAAACCCUGUCACCUAUCAGGAUGUGGACCGAGAUCACCAGAAAUACAGUAACUAUCAUCAGGUCUGCAAAAACCCUGUCACCUAUCAGGAUGUGGACCGAGAUCACCAGAAACACAGUAACUAUCAUCAGGUCUGCAAAAACCCUGUCACCUAUCAGGAUGUGGACCGAGAUCACCAGAAACACAGUAACUAUCAUCAGGUCUGCAAAAACCCUGUCACCUAUCAGGAUGUGGACCGAGAUUACCAGAAAUAUGAACAAUGCUCGCCCUUUAGUGCAGAGUUCCAUCACCGAGUAGGAACAGAAGGUGUCCCUUAUCUUGUACUGGUUGACCGUGGCCAGCCAGAGGAAGAGGUUGUUCUCCAGCUCCAGAGGAGGAAUCAAGACGGACUGGUGACCGGAAUAGACACUGCAAAGAAGAAGUGGAGGCUGACACUCGUUGACUGUCAGAAUCUUAGAGCACAGCCAGGGGAGAGGCAGCAGAGGGCCACAGUAGUCCCAGGCGCUUCGGGAGCCGCUGGUUACCGUUCCGACAUGGGCAAGUCCAAGAACCACACCACACACAACCAGUCUCGAAAAUGGCACAGAAAUGGUAUCAAGAAACCCCGGUCGCAAAGAUAUGAAUCUCUCAAGGGGGUGGACCCCAAGUUCCUGAGGAACAUGUGCUUCGCCAAGAAGCACAAGAAAGGCCUGAAGAAGAUGCAGGCCAACAACGCAAAGGCAGUGAGUGUCCGUGCAGAGGCCAUCAAGGCCCUUGUGAAGCCCGAGGUGGUUAAACCCAAGAUGCCGAAGGGCCCCAGCCGCAAGCUCAGCCAUCUUGCUUUCAUCGCUCACCCCAAGCUCGGGAAGCGGAUUAGAAGCUCCAUGGCCAAGGGUCAUGGGCUCUGCCAACCAAAGCCCAAGGCUCAGCUCCAGCUCAGGCUCCCAAAGGUGCCCAGGCCCCUAAAGGAUCUUCCUAACUAUGUUUCUGGCACCAAUGUCUUCCAGACCCGAGGGAUCAACCUCUCCUGCAUCAGGACCUGUGUGGUGGUAGCAGAGGAGCGACCCCGCAUCACCCUCCAGCAGUCCUUCUCCAAGCUCUUUAAAGACAUCGGUCUGUCCCCUCGCGCUGUCAGCACCACGUUCGGGUCCAGAGUCAAUGUGGCAAUAUGUUUACAGGGAACCUCGGGGCCUGAUCCCACAACUGUGUAUGUAGACCUGAAGUCGCUGAGACAUGACAGGGUCCGUCUUGUGGAACGGGGUGCCCCCCAGAGCCUCCUGCUCUCUGAGUCUGGAAAGAUCUUACCUGGAGUAAAAGUGGUUAUCGUUAAUCCUGAGACCAAAGGACCUGUAGGAGACUCUCACCUGGGUGAGAUCUGGGUAAAUAGCCCCCAUACAGCCAGUGGCUACUAUACCAUCUAUGAUAGCGAGACUCUUCAAGCGGAUCAUUUCAACACCCGCUUGAGCUUCGGAGACGCUGCGCAGACUCUGUGGGCCCGGACAGGGUACCUUGGGUUCGUCCGAAGGACCGAGCUCACAGCCGCCACUGGAGAGCGCCACGAUGCCUUGUAUGUGGUGGGUGCGCUGGAUGAGACACUGGAGCUGAGAGGAUUAAGAUACCAUCCGAUUGACAUAGAGACCUCCGUGUCCCGAGUCCACAGGAGUAUUGCUGAGUGUGCCGUGUUCACAUGGACCAACUUGCUGGUUGUGGUUGUAGAGCUGUGUGGCUCUGAGCAGGAGGCCCUGGACCUGGUUCCUCUGGUGACCAAUGUGGUUCUAGAAGAGCAUUACCUCAUCGUUGGUGUUGUGGUUGUGGUGGACCCGGGGGUCAUCCCCAUCAACUCCAGAGGAGAGAAGCAGAGGAUGCACCUCCGAGACAGCUUCCUGGCCGAUCAGUUAGACCCUAUCUAUGUGGCCUAUAACAUGUAGCCGGGCCUGUGGGGCCAUCCUAAGGCUCAGAGAGACCCAAGACCCGCGGCUAGGGGCAGGCUUGCAGCGGACAUGAAGAUGGCUCCCAAGUAGCCUUCAUCUCAUCCUGUGCGAUUCUGCAGUCCCAGAACACCCAGGAAAGGGGAAUUCUGCCACAGCGCGUACUAAAGCAGCAGUUCCAUGCAUGUUGCAUUUUCCCCAUCUGGUAUACAUACCUGUAUUUUUACCUAAUGUUUUAGACUUUUGUAAGGGAGUUUAAUGAGUUCAUAUGAAGGGGUAUCUGAGUUCCACAGUUCCCCGGUCUGUACUGUAUUUUGCCAUUUUCCCAUAGUCAGGUGUUCUGCAGGGUUUCUUAAUAUGAAACUACCAAGCUUGAGUCAGCCUAUAAGCAAAUCAAAUAACCCGUGUUAGAGCCGCUUUAUGUGUCUAAUUCUCAGUUAUAAACAUCUGACCAGUGUUUAAUCGUGUAAAUAAGAGUGCGCAUAACUCAACUAAGGAACCGAGCAAUCAGCUUGCCUAGCUGCAGCUGGCAUGGUGUGGUGAGCCCAGCUUGCCCAGCAGCACAGCGCCUCCUGUCUGCCUGUGGGGGUGUGUGCACCAGAGCUGCCUGUGUGUGUUUUUAAAGCUCAUACUCCCAGAGUUAGCUGAGCUUCUAAGGAUUCUUCAACUCAUUCCUCUGAGAUGAAAAAAAAAUCUCAUGUCGGAAUUUUAGAGGUAGCUAAGAUUCACCCAUUCCUAACCCACGCUACGGAACUGCGGUAGUCCACUGGGACCAGUGUUGAAACUGUUUCCGCAUUUAGAGUGACUACAGAGAAUUGCCAAGUUCCGCUUUUUCCAUGCUCCGUGUCAGCAGAUGUAGAGCUCCCCCACCCCUGAAAACUGAGGAAUGACUCUGCCCUCCAAAGUCCGAGGACAAACGCCAGGCUGGGAGGCAGUGGGUCAGCUAGCUCUUAAACUGUAGGCCACUUGCGUACAUCCUAACACUAACCAGCCGGGGCUGCCAGAAUAGCCAGGCUCCUGGGAAACAGGGAAGUCUGAUGUAUGCAAGAAACUCUUUUGAAAUAACUGGUGACUGGGCCACACUCAGUAUGGGACUGAGUUUGGCCUCUGGCUCAGUUUUCUUUCUUUGGUCUGAAACUUCAUGUAUUUGAAUAUAGUUAA